AUGUCCAGCCACGAUGGCAAGUCAGCAACAGCCUAUACCAUCGCCGAAUUGAGCAGGGAGUUCGCUGGAGAAUUCACAAAGGAGGAAAUUCAACAGCAUCUGCAAGGAGACAGAGCCCUGCAACAGCCAUCUGCAAAGGUGUGUCCGUCCGUAUUUGUGGCGGGACUUUGCUGGGCAACCACCGACGACAGACUUUAUGACUUUUUCGGAACUUGUGGCGUUGUGGUGUCAGCGGAAGUCUUUAUGGACCACUGCACAGGCCGUUCGCGAGGCUUUGGGAAAGUCACCUUCGCAUCGCUCGAAGCAGCCAGCAAAGCCCUCUCGCUGCGUGACGCCUUUCUGGACGGCCGGCCAAUCUCAGUGCGGCCCUUCGAUGCGAUCCCUCCACGCAGAGGCGGCAGCGAUGCACCAUCUUUCGAGGUGUUGGUCGACAGCAUCAGUUGGAACACCACCGAAACUGGCCUGAAGCACCACUUCGAGAGCUGUGGGGACAUCGUAUCGUGCACUGUCUUCUAUGAUCGCAAGACUGGGCAGCACAAGGGUAUCGGCAAGCUGGUGUUUGCCUCUGAAGCUGCAGCCUCGCGGGCCACGCAGAGGCACCUCUCGGAUCUCGACGGAUGGACAAUAUCUGUGAGGCACUGCCGAACUUCUCGACGCAAAGCAGCUGAAGCUGCAGAGCGGCAGAGGCAAGGCAGCGGUGGCACGCAGGAGGGCCCUGAAGGCUUGCCACUGUCGUGUACGGCUAUUCGGAACGAUGCACUGUCCGCCACGGCUUCUUUUCAAGACGUUGGGAAGACAGUGGACAUCCCGGAAAGGGUCCCAACGACGCAUCUAAUCGAUUGGCUGGCCGAGCUUGACUCUGCCGGCUUCUUGCUGUGCUAUUUGCCCACCCUGCUGACGAUGGGUCAUAGAACCGCCCGGGAUGUUGUUCACAAGUACAUUGAAGAACGUCCAGGAGGUCAGACCCCACAACUUGCAGAACAGCUGUUUACGGACUUGCAAGUUCAAAAGCUUGGCCAUCGCCGACUUUUCCAGCGCUGGUUCGCCGGCCUCGUACGUUACCGUUCUGCAGCCACUGCUGCUAAACCAACUACCAGCGCACUAGGUGCCGCUGCGAGGGCCCUGCGUGAUGCGGUGAAAAGCCACGAGGCGACCUCGGAAGUGGUUGCCGAGGCAGACGCGCCGGUCGAUCGCCCCGCCACCUUAGAAAGACUUAGCGUCGAUCUCAGACCUCAGGGCGCUUUCAGACUAGGGCUCGGCCAAGAGCUGGUCGUAGGUCCUGCCAGGUGGCGAGAUCUUCAGGCAGCGCCUCGCAUCUCAAAGUUAGACGACUUCCACUCCGACAUGACGACAGGUCAUGCUCCUGGGCGAAGCUUUGCCUGCAGAGAGAAGGAGGGUGGCUGGGAGCUCAAAGUUGGUGAGCCGGAUGAAACAGACCGUCUGUAUGACAGUAUGCAGGGAUACUCGCAUGUGCACUUUCCCCAGACUUUCCGGACGCCGACUGGUCCCGGUGGCGCUGCGGCAGAACGUCAGGUUUCCGUGGCGCUGCCCACCGCGCCUUGCAUUGGUUUGGAGUCGACCGUUAAAUGCGAGCAGCUGCUGGUAACACUGGCAUCGGCAUGA